GGGAAGACUUGUCAGACUAUUUCUCUACUUCUUUAUUUGACAAAAAAAAUAACAAACAAAGGGAGAUUUCUGAUACUUUGUCCUUUGUCCGUUCUGAGCAACUGGAAGGAAGAACUGGAGAGCCUCUCUUAGGCAAAAUCUGCUGAAGACACCCAGGAUUCUGUAUAAUGAAAGGUAAGACCCAAGUUGAAUAGUAUCUUUCAUGGCAUGCUCACAUAUGCAUGCAAAACACAUUACAUCUGUGCAUGCAACCCAUCUUCACUGGCAUGCAAAGUCUGUGCUGAUGGCACAUUUGCCAUGCCCUGAAAUCAUACAUUUUUGAGCUGGAGCCCAAAGAUUCCUUUUAGGAGGAAGGGCGGAAAGCUGAAGAUUAGAACAGAACUCUGUCUAUGUGACUAUCAGGCAAUGCUGUCUCUGAGGAUCUGAAGUCAUCCAGGUUACAUUCUGAAGUGAACUGGCCUGAUUUGGAUAGACUUGCAGUGGGAAUAGUUGGGGUAGAAUGCAUUCCUUCAUUGAUAAGCAGUGAACAGGAGGACCAUUAGCCAAAUAUCAGUGGUGGGAUUAAAUGAGGAAAAAAUUUAUGGCCCCAACUCUUCCUCCAUGGAACUGGUUUUAUCUGCUUCUUGGCUAAGAGGAUAGAUUUUUGAGGCCCUGACUUAGAUCUGUUUGCUGCAGACAUUCCCUUUAUUUUAGCAUGAUUUAGGCCAAUUCUUUGGCCCCAACUGGGCAAACUCUAUUCAUUCACUACCUUCUCAUGAGCUUUUUCAGUUCAGAAUAACAGAUGGGCCAUGAGACUGGUUUUCAGUCAUCUGUGUUGAACUGUGAGACCUAGGAGAAGGCAGUUUAUUUGUGACUUGUCCAGACCAGAACCAGCAGCUGAGGUGCCAACGUGAGAUGCAUACUAGUCAGGAAGGGGUUAGGUUCAAAAGCUGAGAUCCAGCCACAUCUCACAAGAGGGUAGGGUGUUUGGAUAGGAGGUUCUCAUUAUCUGUGCAGUAGCUAUGUUUGAUAAUGGGGUUGAGGGUCUUAAACAUGAAAGACUUAGCUUGACUCACUGUUUUUGCUGUCUUUCUCUUGACGAUAGGUUUGCUCCAGGUCUUUCCUUUGUGACAUACGUAGGCAGCAAGGAGGAACGACCCAAACUGCAGCAGAACCUGAAAGAGCAAUCUCACCUCCAUGUGCUCUUGACAACAUAUGAGAUUUGUCUGAAAGAUGCAGCAUUUCUAAAAUCCUUUAACUGGUCUGCCUUGGUUGUAGAUGAAGCUCACAGACUGAAAAAUCAAAGUUCUCUGCUUUACAAGACGCUUUCUGAGUUUUCAGUAGGCUUCAGCCUGCUACUCACAGGCACUCCAAUCCAGAACAGCCUCCAGGAACUGUAUGCCCUACUCAGCCUUGUAGAACCUGACAUCUUUCCUAGGGAACAAGCAAAAGAGUUUGUUGACUAUUAUCAAGCGAUUGAAAAGGAGAGUGAGCCAGCCAAAGAAUUGCACAAUCUUCUGCAGCCAUUUUUGCUUCGAAGAGUGAAAUCUGAGGUGGCUGCAGAGCUGCCAAAGAAGGUGGAAGUGGUUCUGUACCAUGGAAUGUCAGCUUUGCAAAGGAAGUACUACAAGGCCAUUUUGAUGAAAGAUCUAGAUGCAUUUGAAAGUGAAACAGGAAGGAAGGUUACACUUCAGAAUGUCUUAAUUCAGCUUCGGAAGUGUGUUGCCCACCCAUACCUUUUCAAUGGUGUUGAGCCAGAACCCUUUGAGAUUGGAGACCACAUUGUUGAAGCCAGUGGCAAGCUGUGUUUGUUGGAUAAGCUCCUUUCAUUCUUGUAUGCUGGUGGCCACCGUGUCUUGCUCUUUUCUCAGAUGACUCAACUGCUUGAUAUCCUGCAAGACUACAUGGACUAUAGAGGCUACAGCUACGAGCGGCUGGAUGGUUCUGUUAGGGGUGAAGAGAGACACCUUGCCGUUAAGAACUUUGGUCAACAGCCCAUCUUCAUCUUCCUGCUGAGCACCAGAGCAGGUGGAGUUGGCAUGAACCUGACAGCAGCAGAUACAGUCAUUUUUACCGAUAGUGAUUUUAACCCGCAAAAUGAUUUGCAAGCAAUAGCAAGAGCUCACCGGAUUGGGCAGAACAAGCCUGUGAAAAUUAUCCGCUUGAUUGGGCGAGAUACAAUUGAAGAAAUAAUCUACCGAAGAGCUGCUUCUAAGCUCCGUCUGACAAAUGCCGUUGUAGAAGGAGGUCACUUUGCUCUGGGAGCACCCAAGCCUCAGGGAGCAGCAGAGCUACAGCUGAGUGAAAUCCUGAAAUUUGGCUUGGAUAAAUUGCUGUCCUCUGAGGGGAGUACUAUACAGGAUGUGGAGCUAGAAAACAUCCUUGGAGAGACAAAAGGAGGGAAGUGGGUAAUGGAUGUUGUGCUGCCACGCGAAGAAGAGAGUGAAGAGGAGGAUACAGAGAAUCACAUGUACGUGUAUGAAGGCAAAGAUUAUUCAAAAGAACCCAGCAGAGAAGACAAAAAGGCAUUUGAUCAGCUUUUGGAUCUUCAGAAAGCCUUGACUGAAGAGACCAGUAAGGAAGGGAGAGCUCUCCGGAACAAAGCAAACGCCCUCCUCACAGGCCUCCGGGAACAGUCAACCAGGAGGAAGCACUUGUUGAGCGCAGAGGAGCUGGAGGCUAGGAGGAAGAAGCGCCAAGAAGCUGCAGCAAAGAGAGCAAGACUCAUGGAGGAAAAAAAGAAGGCAAAAGCAGAGGCAGAACACAAAAAAAAGAUGGCCUGGUGGGAGGCAAAUCAUUACACGUCUACCUGCCUUCCUUCAGAGGAAAGUGACUCUGAGGAAGAGUUUGAGGAGGAUGAGUCUGGUCUGAAUGUGGAUUUAGAUUACAGAGAUGCAGAUCUGAACUGUGUCAAGUACGUCAUGGGAGAUGUCACCAACCCCAAAGCAGAAGAGGAGGAUGCCAUCAUUGUCCACUGCCUAGAUGACUCUGGCCGCUGGGGAAGAGGUGGUUUAUUUACAGCUCUGGAGGCUCGUUCUGAUCAGCCAAAGAAAAUAUAUGAGAUGGCAGGAAAGAUGAAAGACCUGGAGUUAGGAGGAACCCUCUUGUUCCCCAUUGAUGAUAAAAAAUCCAGGAAAAAAGGACAAGACUUGUUGGCCCUGAUUGUAGCUCAGCACCGGGAUCGGUCCAACAACUUGUCUGGCAUUAAGCUGUCUGCUUUGGAAAAGGGCCUGAAGAAGAUUUAUUUAGCAGCCAAGAAAAGGAAUGCAACAGUGCAUCUUCCACGUAUCGGAUAUGCAACAAAAGGUUUCAACUGGUAUGGUACUGAGCGGCUCAUCCGAAAAUAUUUGGCAACACGGGGCAUCCCCACUCUAAUAUACUACUUUCCUAGGAAUAAAGGCUCUUCUUCUGAUUCACAACCAUAUUCAUCUUCAAUGACAGCCUCAAAGCCAUGAAGAUGCAGUAAUUUCCUUGAGAAACGCGUGCAAAAAGCCAAGGAUCUUUUCAACUUUACGCAGACAAUCUGUACGCAUCCACUUCAGAAACAUGGCUUACACAGCCAUUAUUCCCUCCUGUAUCUCUCUGCCUUUAUUGGACGGAACGUUUACGUAUUGUCAGUGGCUCUGGAGAGGAAUGAGACUGCUUCAGAGUUCAAAGACUCUUUGGAUAAGGAUGUUGGCUCAAUCCCAGAUCUGUUUUAGAGAUGGAAAAUUAAACUUUCGCCGAUGGUCAGUUGUUAUCCCUUAUAUUAAGUUAUUGCUAGGGCUUGGAAUAGAGUAUUGUUUGGCCAUAUUUUUUCCUCCUCUUCAAAUUUCAACCCUUGUCUCACUAUACCUGUUUUCAAUCAGCUUUUUAGUGGUUACCUGAGACUCCGGGUACAUGCCCUCAUAGACGUCUCAGUGGAAAGGAAGCUGUCUGCAUUAACAACACCCCAUGACAACUACAUAAUAUAAACUGUUUAUGUUGUUCCAGUUCCUCAGAAGUCUAUUUGACUUCCAUUUGUUCAAAUACAAAAUUUAGCCACAUAAUCACAUGCUUACAAUCCAGCAAAAUCCUGACCAGUAUUCUUUGCAAAGGUGUGCAAGGCUGAAAAAAUUUGAGACUGGCUUUAAUAAAUGACACCUUUCCUUCUCCCACAAUUGCUUUUUCAUUACACAGUUCUUUGUUGCAGCUCUUGGGCAAAACCAGUUCCUUACUGCUGUACAAAAAGCAGUGUGAAGGGUUCCAUGACCCUUUGAUUCACUUUAAGGAAAUCUUAAUGCAGAGGUUUUGGUGUUGGUUUUACUGUCUUGCAACAGAACUUCCCUGGGGUUUUUUUUGCCUUGUUGGCACUGUUGGCUUUAGCAUAUUUUUUAGGGGUUUUUUAGUACAACCGGGCAAUAGUAGCUCUCCUAAAAAGUGUUUUGACCAGAGAGACUGUGAGGUGCCAAACUUAAUUCAAUUUAAAGUUCAGCUUCGAGUAGGAAAUCGCCCCACAAGCAGUGGAAAGUAUAGCUUUAAAUAUCUAAUUGCCAACAUGCAUCUCAUUGGCUGCAUUUACACUGGCUCUGUAGCACCAUCUGGUUAAUAAUUUCAGGCCUGAUUCCAACGUGGCUCAUCACCCCGACUGGUGUGCUCCACACUAGAAGCCUUCCUGAGUUGGAUGCUCUUGUCAUUCACUCUUAGCUCUACCAGAAAACCCCAAGUGAUUCAUUACCGCCUUUGACCCUACUGAAGCUUAGGUAAGCUAGUGCUGCGUAGCACCUCGGUGGGUAAGACCUUUCUUGCAGCUGCUCACAGGAACAGCCCCUAUGUAUUUGGCAAAGGGCUUGCAGGAUCAGAGUCUGGCUGUGAAGACUUUGUGGGGUGAAAGGUGGUGAGUAGAUGUACGUUAUUACCUUGUUUUCCCCCAGUCAUGCGAACUGGCACUCUUCCAGCAGGCCGGCUGGUGGCACUGUUAAUCAGCUGCAGCAGCAGCACAUGUUGCUCUUCAGCCUCCUUUCAGAGAGCAGGGCAGUGAUCUCCAGCCUGGAAAAAUGCUCCCUCUUUGCCAGAAUUAAAACACCAAUUAUGCUUUUCUCUUUGCCAGCUUGACAGAACACGUAAUUUCAGUCUGCAGACUGAAGGCUCUGUUCCUCCACCUAUUCUUUUUCUGUAUAUUUAUUACCCUUCUUUAAAAGGUUUAAUUCCCCAGUGUUACAGUCUGUGCGGUCUUGUUCCUCAGCAUCACGCACACGUAUGGCCAAAUCCCAGCCCACCUCCCGGUUCUCUGGCCACCAUGCUGUUACACAUGGACAGGAUUUGUCUUGUGGCUGAGUCCCUCUGACUAGGUUGGAGUACUGCAUCUACCACCACCAUGGCCAGGUAUUCCUGUUUGCAGCCUCGUGCUUUGCUUUGUUUCUACAAGAAGGUGGGGCUCUGCCUCUGUCCUGUGACCACCACCCUGCUAUAACUCUGACUAGAGUUAUAAAGGAGAGGAGAGCAUGACUACCUGCCUGUUAAUGUCCCUUACCCUCUAAGAUAAGGUCCACAGGGGGCUGCAAGGUUCCUGGCAUGCAGAGAGGAGAGGUCAUGGUACUUAAUAGAUUCUAGCCCUCUAACUUAGGGGCAAGUCAGACAAAAGAUGUUCUCUUUUCCCCGCUAGUCCUCUUGGCCUGUACACAUGGCAUCCACCUUAUUUUUUUCCCUUUUGAAUUUACUUAGGAGAUGCUUCCGGAGUGUUGGGUUUUGUUGUUUUGGUUUUUUGUUUGUGUGUUUUUUGUUUGGGUUUUUUUUUUUUUUUACUUCUUAAAACAAUGUUCUGUAGUAUUUUUUAAAUCUGCUGAACCUGAAGAAAAGUUCUACCUCUAUCUACUUUGAAAUGGAAGUGAGAUUUCAGCUGAAUCCUGAACUGGGUUUUGCAGAAUCUCAGCCAAGAAAAGUUUUUCUAGUGUUUGCAACUCGCGACCAUUUCUCUUUAUUUGGGCACAAAUCAUGUAUUUUAGACAAUUAAUUCCAUAAAGGGCUCGGUAGCUUUUAUGCAAGUUGCUAUGCAAAAUAAAUGUGUCAUGCUAUUUCUUCAGCUGUGCAGUGCUACGCAUUUUCCCUUUCUAAAUAGCAACCACCCCAAAAGGGAAGGAAGGUGUUCUUUUGUAGUCAUGUCCCUCUGGCCUCUCUCUUCCUCUAAACAAGAUUUUCUGCAUCGUAAGAGCUGAAAUGUGGCUCCUUGUGCGUAUCUGUCAUUGCACACUUACUUAAACUUAGAUGUAUGGUGCUCGAUUGAGGUCAGCGGCACAGAGCAAGAUCACGCACAGUUCAGAUUGGCUAUACAAGCGGUUUCAUCGGAUAGGACCUAUGAAAUGGCAUCUCUCAGUGAAAACUUUCCACCCCACGCUGGAGGCUUCAGCUGAUGCCAUAUAAGAGUGGGGAUUAAUUCAGAAUGACAUUUAUACUUGUGCUGG